AUGUCCCUGAAAAACGACAAGUUCCCCGCCUCUGCGGCUUUCGACGAGAUCAACAAGGCGCUCACCGCCAGCGAGGCUACCCGCAAGGAUGCCAUCAAGCAGGGCAAUGCCGUCUUCGCUUUUACCCUGAAGAACGCCGCCGGCGAGACUGAGAGCUGGUACAUCGACCUCAAGAACAAGGGUGAGGUCGGCAAGGGCCUCCCCGAGAAGCCAACUGUUACCCUCCUCCUCUCUGACGCCGACUUUGGUGCUCUCAUCGCUGGCAAGGCCAACGCCCAGAAGCUCUUCAUGUCUGGCAAGCUCAAGAUCAAGGGCGACGUCAUGAAGGCUACUAAGCUGGACCCCAUCCUCAAGAAGGCCCAGACCAAGGCCAAGCUCUGA